UCACGUGGUAUUGACUCGUCGUGUGCGGAAAUAGCACGGACUUGGCUUGAGGGGAGAAGUCGGGACGCGAAUGAUCGUGGUCUUUGAGUGCCCACAGGUUUUGAGCUGGAUUUUGCUCUAGUUGCGUUGUCAGCUGAUCUUCGGUAACAAGCUACCAACUCAAAUCCAGGAUGGGUUUGCUGCCAGAUGGCUUCAUUGUGGUCCUCGUGCUUUUGGCACCUGUGCUGAUUGCCAUCAUCGUUGCGUGUUGCAUACGUCGUCGCCGAAUGCUGCAGCAGCUUGCCCAGGCAAAUCAGCCACUGAUGCCAGGGCAGCCGCCAGGACCGAUUACAGCCGGUUCCGUGCCCCAGGGACCACCGUACGCCGCUGCACCUAAGCCACUUGGCCCCGGUGAACAGUGGCCUCAGGCCCCAUACUACCAGCAACAACCUUACCCUCCUCAGCAGCCAUACCCGCCUCAACAACAACCGUACCCGCCUCAACAGCCGUACCCACCACAACAGCCACAGUACCCCCCUCAGCAGCCAUACCCCCCUCAGCAGCAGCCGUAUCCGCCCCAGCAGCCAUACGCUCCUCAGCAGCAGGCGUAUCCGCCCCAGCAGCCAAUGCCGUAUGGCCCUCCCAGCAGCGAUCCAUCUGCACCUCCUGUUGCACCACAGGAACCGCCGCCACCGUACGACUUCAGGGAGGCGCCUCGUUACUGAGUGGUGAUUGGGUGAACAGUGAGAUGAAAUCAUCAACUACUCUUUGGUGAAUUCUUCGGUGAACCCUUUCAUGUGGACCUUCAGGGAGAACUCUGUAACUUACAAGACUUUGGUGUUUCCUGGAAGCGGUGCAUGAUGCAGCACUUCUGGAGCCCGUAUAUGGCCAGCUUACCCACCUGGGUGUAUUGCUUAACAGAUCUUAUGCAGGGGACACUGGUGAAUGUCUCGAAGUUGUGAAUGGUUUUGAGGGUGCCUGCAAGAAUGUCAGAAUGCGCCUUUGGUCUGUCAGAAGUCCAGGACUGCCAUGCCCACCGUUGUGGGCAUCACCCAUUUUGGUGCUGGUGAGGAAAAAAGAUAGCUGUUGCAGUCAUCACACGAGGCACGACAAUCAAAUCCCGUGCGAGUUUUUUUGUUUGUUUGAGUAGCUUGCAAUUUGCAGCUGCAUCUCGCUCUUGAGCACUCGGUGGCAUGCAACCAAAUAGCCAAGUCUUCGAUGAGCGCCUCGCACUCUACAAAUCGUCGGGUGCCUCUAGUUCUGGCCUGGAGAAGGUUUUUUUUUUUUGUCCUGUAAUUUGCCAUCAGCAGUGUUGUAUGUACUGUAUACUGCACUGCUUCAGUAAGCCACGACAUGACUAUAAUGCUACAUAAGCUGUUCAACAACCUUUCCAUAAAGGGCAUUUGUUUUCUCAGUGUGCGUCAGGCACAUAGCCAGGGGGGAGGCCCAUGGGGCCCGGGACCCCCCCGAAAUCUUCCGUUUUGCUGGGAUCUCCUCUCCCCCCUCCCCCUCAUACAGUAUUUUGUCAUGGGCGGGCCCCCCCGAAACAGAAUCCUGGCUACUUGCCUGGUGUGCGUUACACCAAUACCACUUAGAGGACAUGGCCUUCGCCUUUCCCCCCUAAAUGUUAUCCCUAGUGGAUUUACACAGUGUCGCCUAGCUUGCACGCCUCGCAGCGUCUCACAAUGAUCGUGACGGCAGCUAGGACCGACGCCAAACAGACGCGUCUGCUGCUUUGCAGCAUACCCUCAUCGAGCUUCAGUGCGUUUGUCGCUGGGGGCGGGUUGGGGAUUCACUAACCAUAACGUAAUGCGAAAGCCUUGUCUUCUAGGUGGUAUUGGUCACACACUGUGACCAUGUCAAAGUGUACAAGUGAAUGAUAUUGGGGCGCCUGAAAUGCACUUCAUACUUUUCCUGGAGAAUCGUCGCUUCCGUUGCAUAACCUCAUCUGGGUGUUAACUGGACAAAAGUGAAAAGCCUUUCUACUACAUGUGCCUGUAACCUUUGUUCCCCUACUUGUCCUUGCAAAGGAAGAUACCUUUGCUUUUAGGGAGCGUGUUUUCAGGGCAGCCAUGUUUCGUGAAAUGGCUAGCUCCGUCCUUUAAGACACGAAUAUAAUUCUGCAGUCAAGACCUUCCUUGUCACUCACACAAAGUCAAUUUCCAAAUCCUUUCUGGAGCUUACAAACAACCAACUGAAAGAGGAAGUUGCACAUCUACUUUGAGGAUGGGGCUUGGAAGCCUACCUGCAGCACCGAGAGUUACUUUGCUUAUGUGUUCGAGCAAUGAUGGGAUAUACACAAGAACGUGUUUUCAAACUUUGUGUUCAAACAUCAGUUCUUGUGUUGAAUGAAUCGAUCAAAAUAAAUGUAAAAGCUCAAAAUA